AUGCGCCUAGCUGGGCUUCUUCUCGCAGCCCUGGGUGGAACAGUAGUGUUCUGUAAGCCAUACGAGGCGUUUGGAGCAUCAAGUCAGUAUCCUCCUGUUGCUUAUCCCGAGGUCGAGUUUUCGUUCCAACUAUCCAAUGACACCUUCAAAUCCACUGUCAAUGACAGUGCCCAGAUAGAAUACAGUGCAUUCGAGUUCCCUUCAUGGCUUCAGUUCGACUCCCAGUCGCGUGUCCUCUCUGGGAAACCCUCCAGCUCAGAUUUGGAUGAUAGUUCCCAAACGAAGCAGAUUUCGUACAUUUUACAAGGAACGGACCCCAGUGACCAGUCCUCCUUGAACAAAACCUAUCAACUAGCACUCUCGAGUGAAACUCAGCCACAAGUCUCGUCAACCUUCAAUCUACUCAGCUUGCUGAAAAAUAGCGGGUACACUAACGGAAAGAAUGCUCUGAAGCUUACUCCAGGCCAGGUCUUCAACAUUAGUUUCGACAGAGACACUUUUGAGAACUCGAGCUCUGCCACCAAAUAUUAUGGCCGCUCAGAGCUGUACCACGCGCCACUUCCUCCCUGGAUGUUUUUUGACGAGGCAAAUCUGAAAUUCAGUGGAACAGCACCCGUGGUAAAUUCUGAUAUCGCGCCUGAGUUUUCGUAUUCUUUUUCGCUGCUCGCUUCUGAUAUCGAAGACUACACAAGUGCAGAGGUGCAGUUUGAUAUAGUCGUGGGCGGUCAUCAAUUUACGACAUCGAUUCAAAACACCUUGGCAGUCAAUGUCUCUUCCACAGGUUCUUUUGACUACCCGCUACCUAUGGACUACGUCUAUCUGGAUAAUGAGCCCGUCUCGUCGUCAAAUAUCAGCUCUGUCUCACUGCAGGAAAGUAACGACUGGGCUACUGUUACAAACGAGACAUUGUCCGGUACAUUGCCCGAGGGAAAAAGCAGUGAAAAUCUGACAGUUGCGAUUUUUGAUACCUAUGGUGACUCUAUUUAUUUGAAUUUUCUGGUAGAGUCCACGCAUCGACUAUUUGCAGUAUCAUCUCUACCCAACGUGAACGCCACACAGGGCGAAUGGUUCCAAACUCAGCUAUUACCAUCACAGUUUACUGAUUAUAACAACACAGAAGUGUCGUUGAGUUUUGCCAAUACCUCGCAAUCCACAUCGUGGUUAUCCUAUCACGACAGUAACAUGACUUUGUCCGGUGAGGUGCCAAAUAAUUUUAAUGGCUUAACGGUUGAAGUACUAGCUCAGCAGAAUAGUCAGUCUCAAAAAUUGACUUUCAAGCUAGCUGCAGUUCAGGGCAAGCACAAAUCGUCUUCCACCUCAAGUUCCGCUACAUCUACGUCCUCUUCAUCUCGAUCAUCAGCCACACCGAGCGCAACAUCAUCCGGCGCUUCUGCUGCAUCUGUUACUUCAACGGCAGCGGUACCGGCUUUGUCUACCAAAGCGAGCUCUAAUAAAAAUCACACUGUGGCCAUAGCCUGUGGUGUUGCGAUUCCUGUUUUUGUUCUUCUCGUACUUCUCAUCCUAUUCUUGUUCUUGUGGAGACGAAGAAAGAGCAGAUCUGCCGCCGUAACAGACAGAGAAAACUCUCCACAAAUCAGCAAUCCAAGACUUGGAAAUCCAGCCAAUGCCCCUGCAUUCUAUGGUGGGCCAUCGCCUUUCGAUGAUGAAAACUCGAUCGAUGACAAUUCUACUGCAAGGAGGCUCGCAGCCUUGAAUGCCAUCAAGCUAGAGGAACAAGCAAAUUCCGGAUCCGAUGUAUCUACCAUGGAUGAAAAAGCUGAGGUCGGGACCAAUAACUCAUCUGCCUCUGAUCUAUAUCAAGACGCACUGCAGGUAGGUAGCACGGAUGCCCUGUUAGGCGAGGUAAACAAUGACCAAUACUUUGACUCUAACAAGCAUACAUCGUCGGUCUGUCUGAAUAGUGAACCUACCAACCGCAAGUCAUGGAGAUUCUCGACGAGGACAGCAAAUGCUGCAAACAUUCGCGAGAGUUUCCAAUCACUGAACACUGUGAGUACAGCCGAACUUUUCAAUACACAAAUCGCGAGUAAUCAAACGCUUCCGAAGGACCCAAGAAAGUCAUCCUUGGGACUUAGAGACUCCGUAUUUUUAGGGCCUUCUGCCGGAACAGGAGCUGACAAGAUUGACGCUAUGCACUCAAACAGCCCUCAGAAAUCCAGCAAUCCAUUAAGAAACCAGGUUUCUAGUGAUCGAGUUCUACCAGACUUGACAGAAUCUCCUCAUGAUCAAAACUCAGCGAACUCUCAGAUGACGAGCAGUAGUUCCGACGACAUAAUACCUGUUAAGCAAGGUGAUAAUUAUAAAUGGGUUGAGCGUGAUGGACAAGAGAUGGCUGAUCUGAACAGGAAAAGAAGCACAAAGCGGUUAGUUAACCUACCGAACAAGAGUGGUGUAAACGUUCGGGAUGCCAAUGAAAUCGAAGGACACGUUCCAGAAAUGGACGUGUCAUUGGAUUCUAUUGUAUAA